GUAAAUAUCAGUCCCAAAGACGUUGCCUGUGGUUACCAGUUGCCUUUUCUUUCCUUCUGUUAUCAGUGUUGUAAAGUUUUACAGCACUCACGUCAUGUGGGUUUAAGGUUCAACACACCUUAGCUGCAUGGUCCUUUCCUCUUUCUGGAUAUGUUAAGAGUCCAAGUAAAGAUCAGGACUGACAUUUGGAACAUAAACAGGUUGAGGGGACUUAUCUGAAAGCUGAACAUCCAAGCACCACACAGUAAUCAUGUAUAAUCCAACAAAAGAUGAUAUAUAUGCAUAUGCAUUGUCGAAGACCUUGACAAAAGUUUCAUCACCUGCCACUGUAGGACUCUACUCUUCAUGUCAGAAUCGACUUAACAUGAUCCUCGGACAAAUGGAAGUGUACAUGAAGCAGGAAGCGUCGAGGAUUGAGCAGGAAUACAAAGGAAGGUUCCGGCCUCGCUCAGCUAGCCCAUCAAUUGGCGGUUUUCUAGCUCUCAUUGGAAGAAUGCUCUUCUACAGACCCAUUUGGACAGAGGACAAUCAGCAGCACCAUAACGUCAGAUUCAUUUAUGUACAUUUUAGUGCGUGGCAUUUUGCAGGCAGUGACCUGCUGUGGGCCGGGCUAGCCAUACGGCUGUUUCAGGCCAUGCAGAUGAGCUUUGGGAAAUUACAGAUUGUACUCUAUCGUGUGGCUCAAUAUGAUGAAGAAAUGGAAGUCCAGAAUAAGAGUGUGGAGGAUGGUCUCAACCAUUGGAGGUCCAAAAAGGUUUGCUGCUGCCCUCUGUGGUUUCUCCUCCUGUCCAUCCUCAUGGUACCACUUUUAAUCCUGGUUUUCAUGUUGACUUUUGGUCUUCCCAAUCCUGAGAUGAAACCAGGUGGAGCAGUGAAUGGAACAAACACAAGCUAUGUGGGAGUGUUUGAGGGCCUGAUCAUCGCUUCCAUUGGACUCCCUGCAGUAAGCGCUUUGAGGUUUGUCGUUCAGAUGGUUAAGAACCUCAUCUUCAGCCAGGAUCUGAACAUUAGGAAGGGAAUGGACAAUGAGCGAGUCAGCAGCCAACUUGGCUUCAUGAACGACGUCAGGAAAGAAAUGUGGUUUCUGUCUCAAUUCAUCCAGUUUAUGGAGGUGUUUGAGAGAAGGAGGAUCCGAGUGGUACUGAAGAUCACCAAUCUCGACCGCUGCUCCCCAAAGAAGAUUGUUGCAGUUUUGGAUGCCAUUAACAUUCUGCUUUCAGAUGAGGAAAGUCCAUAUAUUUCCAUUCUGUCUGUAGAUCCAGAUGUUCUUGUACAGAAAGUGAACUUUGCAGAUGGUUGCUUCAGCAAACAAGACAGAGCUUAUGCAUUGUUGAACGGAAUUGUGACUCUGGCCUUUACAGUCCCACCACUGGGCGAUGACUCAAAGCGCAGUUUAUUUUACAGCCUCACUAGCAAUUCAAAAUCCCCUGAUGACUUAAGCAUGAGCAAAUAUAAGCAAGGAACUGUGGCUCUAAAAGAAAAGUCUUCCUCAGAUGUAUUCUCAGUGGAGUUGGCCAUUGAAACGCAAGAGUCAUAUCCACUGAUGGAUAAAAAUACAGCAGCACUGGAUGUAAAGGACGAGGAAGUAGAGAAGUUGGUUAGGAGCAUCCUGAACAGCAACGAGAGGAAUCUUAACAAGUACAUGUUAGAGGAUGCCACGUCUAUGAGGAGGGUGAUCAACUCCAUUCGAGUGACUGUGAUAAUCAUGAAGGCCUUGCAGAAAGAGCUUCCUAACCCAGAAUACAUCGCUGCAUGGGUGGUCUUAGCUAAUCAGUGGCCCUGCCGCCUCAGCUGGAUCCUCCAGUGUGUGGAAGACGCUCAGCAGAGAGCAGAUAUUGAACUUGACAAUGUUCCCAAGGCUGACGAUUCAAAAACCUUGUGGAAAGUCUUCCAAAAAUCCAGGGCAGAGCUGUAUGUGAUGAGUGCACAGAUUGAGGACCUCCUCGAGCAGGAUGGAGAUCCUGAAAUGUUUGAAAGAUUUCUCACAGUAGAUUUCAAAUUCACCGUAAAGGACUUGAAGACCUUUGAAGGUUCGACAGUAAACCUGGAUCAUUCAAUCCGGAAGGAGCUGGCUCACAUCAGAGGGACAUCCAGGCUGAAAGAUUCUGGCUGGAUGAGGAACCUAGCCCCUCUGCCAAUCACAACCAUCAUCAACAUGGAUACAGAAGAUGUUUGUAAAGAGUUGGAGAGGCUGGACUACCACAGUAAGUAUAAUGAUAUUGUGAGAAGAAAUAACCUCAAUGGUUCAGCCCUGCUCUUUGGUGAUACAGACGACCUCAAAGAGCUCCUACAAAUGACCUUUGGUGAAUGGACAAGAUUCAGAAUGCACUUCCUGGGUGUACCAUCACGUCUCCGACCACCGUACAAGAACAUGGCCCCGACAGCUUCUCAACCUCAGGCCAAUCCAUCAGGAUUUCACUUCCACAUGCCUAAUCAGUACUCGCCUAAUCCAAAUCUGGUUAACGGCAGCAUGUAAGACUCCAAUCCAUAUCCAGUGUCCAUAAAAUGAUGAUGUGCAUGUGUAACACUUAUUAACAUUUUUUACAGUAACAACACGUGUGCAGAGUUCAGGAGUUUAUUUAAAGUUUAUUUAAAGUCAUUACAUUCACUUUGUUCAGCUACAAGGGCUUGUGUUACUUGAUUAUGUCCCUGUGUCCACCUAAAAUCAAUUCAGACAUCAUGACACAAUUCCGUCUGAUAAAUGAUAAAGACCUGGAGGACAUUAUUCAACAUCUGAAAUCCUCCUCCUGCAGCCUCGAUAUUAUUCCAACAGGAUUUUUCAAAAGUGUUUUUCAUUGCAUUGCCUCAGAUCUACUUCACAUAGUAAACAAGUCUCUCCACUCGGGUGUAUUUCCACAUGCCCUGAAAACUGCAGUAAUGAAACCACUCUUAAAAAAGCAUAAUCUAAACACAUCCGUAAUGAAUAAUUAUAAGCCAAUAUCAAACUUCCCAUUUUUAGGCAAAAUGAUUGAAAAAGUUGUUUUUCAACAGCUGAGUCAUUUCAUGCUUUUAAAUGACGGUGUUGAUGUGUUCCAGUCAGGCUUUCGACCAAACCACAGCACUGAGACUGUUCUUGUUAAA